AUGAAUCAAUCGCCUAAUCAUCUUCUUCAACACUUUAACGAUUUGGAUGCCGAAUUUCAUCAGGCGGAUAAAGAUAGGGACAAUAUUUUGAUUCCACCUGAAGCUAAGGUUUAUUUUGACCAAUUUGCUCUUCCUCUUCCUGUGAUGAAAUUUAUUUGGGGAUCUUCAAAAACAACUCCAGCACCUGGCUUGACUCUUGAUGAAUUUAAACAUGCCAUGCAAAUGAUCCGUCAAGAACUUAUGAAUCCUGGAAGUCUUCCUAUUAAUCAAGGUGGACCAAAUUUCCAACCACCACAACAACAAGGUUUUGAUUACAGUAUCAGAUCAGAAGAUCGCGAUACUUAUGAAACCAAUUUUUCCAAUUUGGCUAGAGGAAAAUAUACAAUUUCUUAUGAUGAAUGUAUGAAUUUCUUCUCCAAAGCAGGUCUUCCUAAUGAUAUUGUAAAUACAAUUUUCCAAUUGGCUGAUUUUGAAAAGAACAGAGUUUUGGACAAGGAAGAAUUUGUGAUUGCUAUGCACUUGUUGAGAUUAAAGAGAAAGAUGCCAAAUAUGCCAAUUCCUAACCAAUUACCACCUGUUUUAAUUCCUCCAUCUAAAGCUAAUGUUACACCAACAAGUUUGUCUGCUAGUCCAAGUUUGAGACCAAGAAGUGAAUCAACAACUAGCAUGGAUAGUAUUAAUGCCCCACCAACACUUGUUUCUUCAUCAGGAACUCUUGGAUUUAACAACAUGUCUGGUGGUUUAACUCCUUUGAAUAAUUUUGGAAAUAAUAUGAUGAUGGGAGGUCCACCACCUUUGAAUAAUUUUGGAGGUCCAAACAUGAUGGGAGGAGGUUCAAAUCAAAUCAAUGUUGGUCCUGUUAGAGAUAUGGAAAAUCAAAUUAACAGAGUUCUCGAUGAAACCAGAAUGUUAAAUCAACAAUCCUUCCCACUCAGACAAUCUGUUGAACAAAAUGAUCUCAGAUUAAACGGUCUCCGAGAAAGAAAGGCUGAUUUGGAAAAUGAUUUAAACCAAGUUCGUCAAGAAUUUGAAAGUUUAAAGAUGCAAAAUCAAGCUAAGGUUGAAGAAAUCAAUUCUCUUGAAGCUCAAUGCUAUACUUUCGAACAAGAAAGAAUGGAAUUCCAAAACCAAAUUCAAAGAGUUAGACAAGAAUCCAUGCGUCUCGAACAACUCUUUGAAAGAGCUCAACUCUCUUUCCAAAGUGCAAGUGGUGUUGUUGAUGCAUUGAAAAGUGAAUUGGAACAAGGUGUUAACGAACUCAUUCACCAUAAAGAUGAAUUAUUCAGGUUGAAGAACUCAACAGACCAAGGAGAUGAACAAACACACAUGAUUGAACAAGAAAUUAAUAAUGCCAAGAACGAAUUAAUGAUGGUUAAACAACAAUUGAUGGAAGCUAGACAAGCCAACGAAGAAUUACAAUUGAAGAUCCGUGGUUUGCAAGUUCAAAAGCAAGAUGUUGAACAAACAACUUUCCAAACCAAAACCGAAUUGAGCAAUCUCGUUUCCCAAAAUGAUGAUCUUAAGAAUCAAUUGAUUAGAGUUCAAACCGAAUUUGAAAGCCAAAAGCAAAAAGGUGUUCCAAGCGCUAAGCUUGUCAAGCUCGCAUCUUUUGUUAAACAAAUCCAAGAAUAUAUUCAAAGCUUUGAUUCUGCUCUCCAAGAAGAAUUCCCAAAUGAUACACCUUUGCAACUCAAGCAAGUCUCACCUAUCAGCACAACAGUACCUAUUACAAAGGCCAGUUCUGGAUUUGGAGGUUUUGAUAACGACGACUUUGGUUUUGAUAACAAAAAUGGUAAUAAGGGAGGCUUUGGCAAUGACGAUUUCGGUUUCAAUGUUCCACCUCCAGUUGUCACUGCAAACACUACCAAGGUUCCAACACCAUCUUCUAAACCAGUAACUCCAAGCACUGGAUUUGUUAAUACUGUUCCAACUGUCAAAGCCCAAAGUCCAAGCUUUGAGCAACCAAAGACCAAUACUGGAUUUGGAGGUUUUGAUAACGACGAUUUUGGAUUUGACAACAAGUCAGGAAAUACUGGGUUUGAUGCUGAUUUCAGUUUUGGUAACGACUUUGGCAAACCUGCUACUACUUCCCAACCACCAAAGGCAAGUUCAGGAUUCGUUAAUGACGAUUUCGGAUUUGAUGCCAAGCCAGCCACAUCUCAACCACCAAAAGCCAACCCUGGAUUUGGAGGUUUUGAAAAUGAUGACUUUGGUUUCGAUAGCAAUAAUGGUAAUAAGGGUAGUUUUGAUACAGAUUUCGGAUUUGAAGCUGAUUUCAACAAGCCAGCCACAACUCAACCAGCCACCACUAAGCCAGCUGCUACUCAACCAGCUCAAGCAACUGGUUUUGAUGAUUUUGGUUUUGAUAACAAUACUAACACAACAUCUGGUGGGUUUGAUGAUUUUGGAUUUGACAACAAUGCUACUAAAUCCACUUCUGAUCCUUGGUCUGAUUUCUCAGCAUCAAACUCUACAAUCACAAAGGAAGCUGCUCAAGAUGAUUGGGCUUCUAGUGGUUGGUAAUUUUCCUAAUUUAUUGUAAUUAAAACAUGUAAUCUUAAUCAAAAA